GGUUGCAUUUUUAUUUUUUUUCCCUGCUGCCUCUUCAUCAUGACUCUUAGAAGCAUCAUGGUUUUCAUCAUCCCACUUUUCAUCAUAGUUGGGGUACUGAGCCCAGGUAUUUGCUCCUGGCGAGACUGCUGUAAAAGAUAUGAUGAUAAAGUGGUCAAUAUCCGCCACAUACGAGGCUACUGCGAGCAAAGAAAACAGGGAGACUGCAUCAAAGCUAUCAUUUUCUACACCACCAGUAACCAUGAAAUCUGUGCAAAUCCAAAGGAUGAGUGGGUGAAGGACACUCUUAAAAGACUGAGAAAGCCAUUGGAAAAGCAGGUAAAAAACUGAGAAAACCUGAAAACUUUCCCAUGCAUGGAGGAAGAGGAUCUUUUAAAAUGACAAAUAAAAAGAAAAAAGAAAGUUUUUUUAUAAAGUAAAAAUUUGCAGCAAUGGAAUUAAGAUAUUUUGAUCUUCUGCAAUCAAAUCUUUGAGAAUAAUAUCUCAUUUAAAGGCAUUAGUGAAAUUUUGUUAUGAUGAACUAAAACAUCAAAAAUAAUUAUUUUAGCUAUAACUCA